GGCCUCUGAAUCAACUAGGAAUACUUAAUAUUUUUUGAAAAUCAUUAAGUGUUUUUUAUCCAAUUAAUUUACUAUUUCAGGGUGGCCACUCACCGGGAAAACCGGGAAAACCGGGAUUUAUCAGGGAAAUCACGUUGAUCGGGAACUAUCAGGGAAAUGUCAGGGAAUUUUUUUUAAAACCGGGAAUUUUUUGUGUCAUGUAUAUUUCCGCAGAGCUGCCAACCAUUACGGAUUUUCCGUAAUUAUUACGGAUUCAACACGGAAUUACGGAACAUCGCUGGAUUAUUACGGAAACGAGGCUUUGUGCUGCAUGGUAACGGAAAAAAAAUUCCGUUUCUGAUGUGCGUGUUUCGUGAACGUAGUUCGAAUACAUCACGUGAUUGCGCAGAUAACGGAACUAAUAAAUGUGCGCAUGUACUGUCGAAAUAAGUAGAUUAAUUCUUGUGUUUUGUAAUAUAAAUUGUAUGGUAUUACGUCCUUUGUACGAUACAACUAGUACAUAUUCUCGGACUUAUCGUUUGUUAGCUACUUUUAUCACGAUAAUUUUUGUACGGUACUUUGGCUAACCUGUGUUGUUUUAUUUACUUUCUUGAAAGCCAUUUUUUUUCAUCAAUGUGUUUUUGUCGUGUCUACAGACGUGAAACCUUUUUAUGUUGUUCGAUAGUGUUGUGUUCUUCAGUACCGGUUGUAGAAAUGAAGCGUGUGACAGAACAAUGUGUAUCUGGGGCAAAAAAAGAGAACGUUAUUCUUCAGAACUUUUGACCAAACUAUUCAAAAGAAUGGCCAUGCUUGUCAUUUUAAAAUGUUUCGGAACGCCACGCGUUUUGUAAUGUAUGCACGUGUGACUUUUCGAUUGCACAUGGUGGAAGGGAUGACUGUAGACGGCAUAUUGAAUCAAAGAAACAUGCAGAACAUUUUAAAGCCGUGACGAGCAAUAAAUCUAUAUCGUCGUUUUUCGCUACAUCUGAAGAAACGAAAGUAACAAACGCAGAGUUAUUGUUUACAAGUUUUCUGGUAGAACACAAUUUACCGAUAGCAGUAGCCGAUCAUUCCGGUAAUUUGUAUAGAUUUAUGUUUCCGGACUGAAAAAUUGCACAGAAAUACAGCUCUGCGAGAACAAAAACAUCUGCCUUAGUGGAGUAUAUGGCUGGUGAAACUAAAAGUGAAAUUGUUGAAUCUUUACGAUUGGUGAAAGUGGUUGACAUCCCGGGCCACGAGCGUUUGCGAGGGAAGUUCUUCGACCAGUACAAGAGCAUGGCCAAGGCGCUAGUAUUUGUCGUGGACUCGGUCACCAUCCAGAAGGAAGUGCGAGACGUGGCAGAGUUCUUGUACAUAAUUCUGGCUGAUCCUGCGAUUUCGUCGGCACGUCCCUCAGUUUUAAUCUUGUGCAAUAAGCAAGAUGUAACAAUGGCCAAAGGCAGUGGAGUUGUAAAGAGUCUGCUAGAAAAAGAAAUGAACAUGGUGCGCAUGACCAAGACAAGCCAGUUGGAGAGCACGGACGACUCCGCGAGCAACAACUCUUUCUUGGGCAAGGAAGGUAAAGACUUUGAGUUUGCCCACCUGUCAUUGAAGAUAGAGUUCGCCGAGUCGUACGCCCGCAAGUCGAGCAGCGAAGAUGACGCCGACAUUGAAAGCGUCGAGAAGUGGCUCGCGCAAGUGGCUUGAUGACUUAUUCACCUGAGUGCAGUGCAACAAAGAAAUGUUUUGUAGUCCUAUGAAAUUCGUGCACAGGGCAAACAAAUUAUCUGCUCUGGCAGCUGGAUUGUUUUAAGUAAUUUAUUGCUAAACCAAUAAAUUUGCAGUUUUUUGGAAUAAAUAUUUUGUAUGAAAGCUGU